CGAGACCACCGACUGUAUAAAUAGGUCGCACCUCGUGAAAUCUAUUCAUUCACAAACGACUUGUUUUGCUCGAUCACAUCGACUUGUUCGCAAUGGGAAAUACGGUAGAUACGAUUGAGAAGGAAGAUCCUAUGACCGACUCCGACUCAGAGCCAGGGGCAGUUGAUAUCAUCAUCGAUUUAGAUGCCCCUGAGUAUCGUGAGUACCUCAAGGGUAAAAGAAAGAGCUUGAGCGAAGGAGCUCUGUUGAACGACAUUUCAUACCUAGAGUGGAGGAAGAACAACAACUUGAUAGCUGCCCAAACGAACCUCGUCCUUAACGAAACGAGCAGGGCGCCAGAAACCAAGCAUCAAAAAGUCGUGAAACGACGAUCAACGCCAGUAACUGGAAAUGAAAUCCUCGCUGUGAAGCAAAACAGCGAAGAAUUUGAGAAACGAGCCUUAGACAGCAAGCAACGCAUUGAGGACACCAAGAAAAAAUACAAUCUCAAAGAUAGAGACUACAAUGCAAGGACAUAUGUAUGGAACGAAGUAGAUGAGAAGCAGGCCAAGAAGGAAAGAGAACAGAGAAAACUUUUACGACAACAAAUUCGCAUCAAGUACAAUUUACCCACACCGAAGUUCCACAGGACUGCGGCGGUUGUUUCAGGAUGAAAGGGUGGUCUAGAAAUUUGGGGUGGUAUAACGCAAGGAUUAAAGCAGUGGUAGCAAUUAAUAUGCUGAGAUCAGCGUCCCUGAGGAAAUUUCUGAAGGCGACUGACAUAGUUUAAAUUUCCCAUGAUGUGACAAAAAAAAACCCUUAAGCAAACACUCGAUCAAAUUUGGGAACAGCAAUGAACAUAAUUAAAGCGUGAUAAAAACUUUGAUUUCAACGACGAUGUUGAAUAGUUUUUGAAAGAGAGAGAGGGAAAAGACAGUUUUUCUCCUGUUGUAAUUUAAAUUAUUUACUGUCACCAGAGAUAUUUAUUUUUGUCUGUAAGGAGAGUUAUAGAAUGUACAAAGUAAAUACAUCAUCUCAAAUAAUA